AUGUUCCAGACGCACGUUAUCCCGAAUGAAGAGAGUAUCGAUCCAGAUGUAUUUCGACACAUGAAUAGCCUAGGAUGCUUCAAAGACAAACAAAAGUUGAUUAAUGAAUUACUCUCAACAAGGCACAACACGGAAAAGAUGGUCUAUUUUCUUCUUCUUGACCGAAAAAGACGACGUCCUGCUCAAGAAGAUGAGACGGAGAUUGUUUUGCGCGGAAAUACGCAAAACAACGAUCCUCCCAAAAAGCGAACGGAUUCAGCAAGGGCUAACCGCUACGCCGUCGGCAGUAUAGCCGAUGGACGACUGGAAUUACUUAUUUGGGAUUUGCGCUUUACCACAGGAAAAAGUUUUGCAGGCGGCACCGAUCAGGUCGACACAGUAGCCUUGGCGGCUCACCGACAGAAUCACCGCGGUCGUCGUCUAGGGACCUCUUCUCCAGCUGCAACAGUGGGGCCUACUCUGCCCGUACUCAAGAAGAUAGGAGUCGAUCAUCUGCUAGGUAUUAUUGUGACGAAAUUUAUGAUAUAUGGAUUCUCUAGCGCUUUUCCCACGACUUACCCAAAAAUGGCUGUCUUUAGAAACACUAACAAUUACCACUACUACACUCAACCGGUUGAUCCACAGACUUUGGCUGAAGCUGCUCGUCAUGUGCGAGCAGUGCGGCAGGAGCAGGAACGACGCGAAAGUCGCGACGCU